CUGAACGACCGGGCAACGUCGCCCUCCGCUCCGCAACCGAUAUUGUGGCCGCGUGGAACGGAGCGGAGGAGAGCGCUCGGCUCUCGGGUCAACUUCCCCCUGCCGCCGCCGUGCCCCACCACCCGGCCCAGCGUCGACGACGACUACGUGCCGUUGUUUCUCUCCCACGGGCACACAGACACACAGUCGAACGUCGCGUCCCGUCCGCACACCACGUACAACCAGCGUCCGGACUCUCUCCACAAGUGUGCUUGCUCUCUCUACACACACAGGCACACAGCGAGUGUUGUGCCUCCGGUCUUCGGUCUUCGACAGCCCCCACGUUCGGAUGCGAUUUUUAAUGGAACGGUGCCCGAUGUGAUUCUGUGAACCAGUGUGACGGCUAACCGACUACCUUUAUGUUUACCCUCAAAUGCUGGGAUAUACAUCCUAUAGGGACUGGUCGCCGGGCGGCGCCACAGCCCAGCAGCAGUUGUCUGUCGUGACCACCGUGUGGGGAGUCACCACAUCGACCCAGUCGGGCCCCCACGGAUCGUACACGGGCGGCCCGGCACCUGCCAACAGCCAGAACUACGCGAACGGCCUCGCCAAGGGACAGCCCAACAACUAUCAGGCGGGUUAUAGGCCGCAAGGAGUGGCCAACUAUGGAGCAACGAAUGGUAUGAACGGCGCUGACGGAGGCUACGGGAACAGUAAUGCCCUGUCCACAGCUGCGAUGGUAGCAGCUGCAACCGCCACCGCUACCGCCACCGCCAGCGUGGUGGCCCUCCAGGACAACAAUCAGUUCAACAACCAACAGUAUUCUCAGGGGUAUCAGCAAAGGAUGGUGCCCAUGAACGGAAUGAACGGCAUGAAUCCGAUGAACCCGAUGAGCAACAUGUCGAACAUGAACAUGGGCGGCAUGCACAACAACGUGAUGGGCAACAUGGGCGGUAAUAUGGGACCUAAGAUGGGUAUGCAAGGACCCGGUCCCACCAACAACCCCAUGUACCCGAGGAGGAUGACUCCAUAUCCGUCACCGGCCAUGCACAUGUCGCAAAAGCGCGGCCAGCAAUCGUACCCCACUGGCGGACCGUGUCCCACUAUGAAUCCCAACAUGAACCCGGGCAUGAACCCCAACAUGAGCCCGAACAUGAACCCCAACUUUAACCCCAACGCCCAGUACCCGAACUACGGGUCGAGGCAGCCGAAUUUCAAUCAGUAUCCCGCCCAACAGACGUUGGGCCCCACCGGCAACUUCGGACCCAAUUCGAUGGGCCCGAACAACCGCGUGAUGCGACAAGCCACCCCUCCGUACACCAAUCCCGGACAGUAUUUUCCUAACGGUUCUAUGAACCAAUUUCCUGCAAACAAUUCUGGUCAGUAUAACAUGAACAGUUCCGGGUCCCAGUACAACAGCAACAGCCAGUUUCAACAAGACGUCGCGCUGCGGAGCAGCAUGAACUAUCAACAUAGCCCGAUACCGGGCAACCCCACGCCUCCACUCACGCCCGCCAGUAGCAUGCCCCCCUACAUCAGCCCCAAUCCCGACGUCAAACCCAACUUUAACGAAAUGAAACCUCUGCUACCCAAUCAAAAAGACGAUGAAUUGAGGCUAACGUUCCCGGUGCGGGACGGCAUUAUCCUGCCGCCGUUCCGUCUGGAGCAUAACCUCGCCGUCAGCAAUCAUGUGUUCCAACUGAAGCCGACCGUGCACCAAACUUUGAUGUGGCGUUCGGAUCUCGAGCUGCAGCUCAAGUGCUUCCACCAUGAGGACAGACAAAUGAAUACGAACUGGCCUGCGUCAGUGCAAGUCUCCGUCAACGCGACGCCCUUAAUCAUCGAUCGUGGCGAAAACAAGACGUCGCACAAGCCCCUGUACCUCAAGGACGUAUGUCAGCCGGGCAGAAACACCAUACAGAUCACCGUUGCCGCCUGUUGUUGUAGUCAUUUGUUUGUCCUCCAAUUGGUGCACAGGCCUAGUGUGCGAUCGGUACUGCAGGGAUUACUGCGCAAGCGACUGCUUACGGCCGACCACUGCAUAGCCAAGAUCAAGCGCAAUUUCAACAACACCGGAUCCGGUCCGAAUAUGGAACGAGAUCGGGAUGCGGUGGAACAGACGGCACUGAAAGUGUCUCUUAAGUGUCCGAUCACAUUCAAGAGGAUCACGUUGCCGGCCAGGGGACACGAGUGCAAGCACAUACAGUGUUUCGAUUUGGAAUCGUACCUACAGCUCAACUGCGAGAGGGGGUCGUGGAGGUGUCCUGUGUGCAAUAAACCGGCACAAUUGGAGGGGUUGGAAGUGGAUCAGUACAUGUGGGGUAUUCUCAACACGCUUAACACUUCUGAUGUUGAGGAAGUCACAAUCGAUAGUUCAGCUAAUUGGAAGUCGGCUAAAGGAAUUCCAGGAGUCAAGAUGGAGAACGAGGAGGACUCGUGCGGCGCCAAACGUUUGAAUAACAAGGCUAUGUCGCCGGGCAGUAUGACGUUACCGACAAUGAACAACUGGGACAUGUCUCAGGCGAUGUCGCCGUACCUGCCACCCGACAUGAACAGCAUCGCUAGCGGUUCGAUGAUGAAUGGCCCACCCACGUACAACAACGGCCGCAGCGGCAACAACAUGAACGACAUGUCAUAUUCCACCAACAACGAGUAUCUGACCGGAAACGGGCCUCUUUCCCACCUCAGCGAAUCAGUCAACUCCCUGGAUCCGCUUAACGCGAUGGAAAAGAGUCUGAACGAACAGAUGCCACACACGCCUCACACACCGCACACGCCACACACACCCCACACGCCUGGCGGUACGCCGGGAUCGGCACAUACGCCGGGUGGUCCAAACGGUCCGCCCAGCGUGCCACCCGCCUCCGAUGCCCACAAUACCAGUAACUCGUCGACGGGCGGCUCGUCGGCCGGCAACCAAGGGAACGGGGGCUCGGGUGGAAGCAACAACGGAUCAAAUGACAACUCCAUUCCCGAGAUCCCGUCCGAUCUCAACUUCGAUCCGGCUGCCGUCAUCGAUGGUGAGGGCACCGGCCAAGAAGCUCUGAACCUACUUCCGGACAGCGUGGACCCUAUGGAGUUGUUGUCCUACCUGGACCCGCCUGAUCUGAACACGCCGCCAUCAAGCGGCAGCAGCGCCGGGCAAGCCAACAACUCGGCAAACGACGACAUCCUCGCCCUCUUCGAAUAAGAGACAAAACUGAUAGCAGAAAAAAUAUAACGUACGCGGCCCAGUUCCUGAUGAGCGCUCACUUCCAGCACAAGUUGUCCUUUUUAUCUGAUUAAUUGCCGACAUGUGAUGGUCGACAAGUGAGUGAACAAGUGUGAUACAAAAAAGCAAACAAACAAUAUUCGAAACAUGUUAAUUAUUUCGUGUAUAAGGUCUAAAAAGAAUCAAACUAUUUUCUCUGUACUGUUUUGUACAUAGGACAAUUAUUUGGAUAAUGGCGGGCGGUUCGGUCUGUCGGUCCGGCAGAUCACCCGGAAACAGUUUUCUCGUCUAGAAACAGUAUUAAAACACUACAAAUUCGCCCAAGUACCAGGACGCAAAAACCCUUUGAACCCGCUGUAUUUAGCCUUGUACAAAUCGUUUUGUAUAUAAUGUAUAAAACCAAUGUCGAAUGUGGGACCGACGGAUCGGACCUUAAUCAAACGAGAAACACUGCAUAAAAUUCGGCCAGUUUAGCAUAGUUCAACCACAUGAUAAAUAAACUAAGUAGAGAAUUUUUGGAACCAAACAAUCUAGGUAACUAACUAGAACGACCGUUUUUGUACCGGUCAAAAAUUUUUUUGCAUCUCGAUGUGCAUAGGCUUUUCGAAGUAUUAUCUGCUGUAAGCCAAUUCUGUGAACCUGAUACACCAAUGGGCAUGAACACAUGUGUAAGGAUGAAUAUUUUUAUGCAACGGACAAAUUAAAACCGCCGUCGAUCCAAACCAGGUAACGAAAUCAAACUUUUUAGGUACCAAAUGGCACUAAUCGCUUGGAAUUUUGAUUUUUUUUAUUUUGUUCAUCGAGGCGAUAUAUCGUGGGGUAUGUAUGACUCUCGUGGAGAUCAGUAUGACGACCAAAAACAUAACCAUACCGAUUUCGAUCGAGGUUCUCCUAGAGUUUUAUUAUGCCCCGCCAUAUAUUGAAGAUUUAUUUUUUUUUCUAUAAAAUGGUUUGGGCGAUGUUCGGUUGUUGUUGCAAUUAUACGCAAACAUAAAAUCCACAUAUGAUAUAUAAAUAUAUAUAUUUAAUUAAAAAAGAACUCUGAGACUGUGAUAAAACUUUAAUUAUAAGUAAUUUUAACAUAUUCAGUAAUUAUUGUAUAUUAUUAAUAUGAUGGUUUUAGCAUCAUUUAAUUAGUAGGAAGCAAAACUAUGUUAUGUUAUAUUGUGGUAGAUGUUUGUGUAUUUCCUGAAAUUUAUUUGAUGUGAUAGAAAAUAUAUUUUGGUAAAAAUAGAGAAAGAGCGUUUUAUUUCUACAUCCUUAUACAUGGUGUGUUGUCAAAUAUGUUUAUAUAUGUGUGUGUUAAUUUUUAUUGUAGGGGUCCAAGUUCCUAAAGAAAAACACAAAUUAUGUAUUAUCUAUCGUUAAGAUAAUAUUAAUUAUUAGGUUCACAUGAAUUGCGCAAUUCUUAUUGCCAAGAAUAACUCAUUCUAAAAAUUUAGACAAAAUAGGUGUCAAUAAGUUAUAUGUAAGUAGCCGAUCUAGAGAUUUCUCUCUCUCAUUUAUUGAAAGUUUACAAUUCUCAUGACACGUCACUUGUAAAUUACACAAACUAAUUUAUUGCUUCCAUGUAUUGUAAACUUUUCGUAAAUACCCUCAGUAUAAAACUUUGCCAAUAAUUUGGUUUAACGUGUGUUCUGCAUUAGGCGAAAUUAUGUUUGUUUAUAAAAUCCGGAAGCGCAACAACUCGACUGUGAGCGCGCAAACAGGUCUUUGUGUUUGCUGAAUUCAUUCGUAUUUCAUUUAUCAGUGGACCAAUUUUUUUUGUUAAGAAAUUGUUAUUUUAGACCAAUGUUUAACAUAUCAUUUUUUUUGUAGUUUCUUUCAUCGAUUUGGACCAAUAAUAAUAAGCAUAUUGUUUCUUCUAUCUAAGUAUAUUCGUAUUAGUGUUGCAAAGUAAAAAAUAGUGCUUUCAUUAUUUUUAUAAACGUAGUAAAAGUGAGCUGAUUAUUGGCAAUUUUAUAUAUGUUUUUUUAUGGAAUAGAUCUAAAUUAUUCUGUAGUAAAAAUAACUAUGUAUUAUGAUUUUGCUAAAAUUGUAAAUAUAUUGUACAUUAAUUUGAGAAAAUAUUAUGUCUACAGAUAAU